UUCCUCCCUCACUCUGUUCGGCGUUCAACACGGAAAAAAAAAAAAAAGAAAGAAAUAAAUACAGAGAACUAACGCAAAGCUCAACCUCAAGUUCAAGUUCGAAAAUUUUAAUUUACUCUAGUUUAAUAUAAUGAAGCUAAUCUUGUUUCUUCUAUAUAUUUCUCUCACUUUAUCCUCAGUUCUCUCUAGAGGCGGCCUUUCAGGUUCAGCUACAAGGCUUUUACUCGAGGAGAAUCACUCGCACAAUAGUGACAGUAUUGAUAAGGCUAAAGGUUACAUGACUAAUUAUGAUCUGGAGCAAGCUGUCAAGGAUUUUGGGCGUAGAUGUAGUAACAUUUCUAGGAUUUACAGUAUUGGAAAGAGUGUGAAUGGAUUUCCACUGUGGGUGAUGGAGAUUUCGGACAAGCCUGGUGCGGAAGAGCCUGAACCUGCAUUCAAGUUCAUUGGGAAUGUCCAUGGAGAUGAACCUGUUGGUCGUGAAAUUACAUUACUUCUUGCAAACUGGCUAUGUGACAACCAUAUGAAAGAUCCCUUGGCUAAAUUGAUUGUAGAAAAUGUGCACCUUCAUAUACUUCCAUCAUUGAACCCUGACGGGUUUGCACUCAAGAGGCGUGGUAAUGCUAAUAAUAUCGAUCUAAAUCGAGAUUUUCCAGACCAGUUCUUUCCUAUGAACAAUGAUGAGGAUGCACGACAACCUGAAACAAGGGCAAUAAUGACUUGGUUGAGGGAGAUGCAUUUCACGGCCUCAGCCACUUUGCAUGGGGGUGCACUUGUUGCAAAUUAUCCAUGGGAUGGCACUCAUGAUAAAAGGAGAAAUUAUUAUGGAUGUCCUGAUGAUCAAACAUUCAAGUUCUUGGCAAGCUCAUAUAGUCAUUCUCACCGUAACAUGUCAUUGAGCAAAGAAUUUCACGGAGGGAUUAUAAAUGGAGCAUUUUGGUAUCCAAUAUAUGGUGGCAUGCAAGAUUGGAAUUACAUUCAUGGUGGUUGUCUUGAAUUGACCUUGGAGAUAAGUGACGACAAAUGGCCUAAUGCUAAUGAGCUUCCAACUAUUUGGGAAUACAACAAAAUUAGCAUGCUUAAUCUUGUUGCAAGUGUUGUAAAGACUGGAGUUCAUGGAAGGAUAUUUUCAUCAGACAGUGGAAGGCCAAUACCUGGCUCAAUCACAAUCAAGGGAAUAAAUUACAUGGUUAAAUCUGGUAGAGCAUUUGCUGAUUACCAUCGGCUACUUGCACCAGGCAAGAAGUACGAAGUUAUAGCCUCAGCGCCAGGGUACAAAUCAAAGUCAACCACCAUCUGGUUGGAAGAAGAAGCUGUGACAGUAGAUUUCAUUCUUGAUCCAGAUGAAACACUUGAGGGCAAUUUACUACGAAGCAUCUGUGACUGCGGCAGUGGUGUAACAACCAAGUUUUAUUGGAGGUUUCACAUCGAAAUUUGUUUUUUCCUGGUAAUAGUCUUAGCUUUCCUAUGCUUUUUAUUAAAGAGGAGAACCUUAUUCACCCUUGGAAAGCAGAGACAACCUCCGAAAAGGUCAGUUAUGAUAUGACUUAGAAACAUUCUUCCAUAUUUUGUACCAUUGAAAGAAAUAUAUAAACAUUCAUUUUUGUUCA